GUCGGUGACGCUGAAACACUUCCUGGUUAUUCUUGACCCGCGUGUGUUGUGUUUUGGUGCUUCUCGCUGUUUAACGACAAUAAUCUCAUGUUUGAUCAACGUCCUUGUUAUGAAGCUUGUGGUUGGAAACAUUAAACAGAUUCAGUCUCUCUGUUUUCGAUCCUUUCCUGCGCUGAUCGCUGUUUUAUUGCAAAAUGACACAAAUGAGUGUCACAGGGACUCUGUCAGAUUUAGUUACUGAAGCUGAAAGCUCUCUGACUGAGCCAUCAGUGGGGCAGAGGGAUGGAGCUCCAGCUGAGACAGACAGUGAUUCUGGGGACAGCCUGUUCAUCACUCAGAAACCUGUACCUGAAGCUGUGAGAUCAGGGAGACGAAGGCGCUCCAGCUUCAGAUCAGACCCUCCAUCUCUCACUGAUGCAGAGGGAAGUGACGAUUCAGCUUCACCUGAAGAGUCCAAGACUGACAGAAAGAAGACGGUGAAGAGGAUCAAACUACCAAAGCACAGCUUCUCCUUCCUCAAACAGAGGAGGAUUGGACCCAUUCGCAUUGAAGAACUAAAGAUCAAGCAGAACACAUCUCUACAUAGCGCAGUGAUGGGAGGUUUCUUUAAGAGUGUCAGAGACGUGUGGCAGAGCCGCCAAAGAAAGAAGAAGACGUCUUUACCAACAGUUGACAUGCCGAAGGAAUCCAUCCUUCCAAUAUCAGAAGAAGAAGAAGAAGAAAAGCCAGAAGACGAGGACAUCAGAGUGGUGGAGAAGAAACGUUUCGUGGUGUCUUUAAAAGCAAAAUGCUCACAAUCUUGGUGCACGUCAAGCCAGGGAGACGGUCAGGAGAAGAAACAGAGAGGGAGGAGAUCGAUGAAGGCUCGACAGGAAACGUCACAGGGAGGACAACAGAAGAUGUUGGCACCCAAAUCAAGGGAGUUACUGUCUACAUGUACAAGUAGCGAUGAGAAGGAAGAGUCUUCUAGUAGAGCUCUGGUAGAGAGGAAGACGAGUGAUAAACUAGUGGCAAGUAACACAAGCGCCGCUGAGACACCAAAGACGGAGAAAAGAGAAGAAAAUGAGGAUGACAGCAGCGCUUCAGUGUGUGAACUAAGUCCAAAUGGUCCAGAAGCAUCCACAGAGGUAGCAGAGCCUCAGGAAGAUGUUUUCCUCACAGAUGAACGACCUCAGACGGGGCAGGCAGAGUGUGAACCUGAGGGCCAAAAUCUCCUGCAGACUGAUGCUAACGAUGACACGAUGUGCAGUGAAAGUAGAGUAAAGAAGAAGAUAGAGGACAGAAGAGGUCAUGAAGCUGUAGAAGAAGAAGAGGGCCAGAGUCAGCAUGAUGUGAGCUUUACUGAGGUAGAGGAGACUCCCAGUGUGUCACAGACCAUCGCUGAGCUGGUGAUUCACAAAAUAAAGGCAAUGGAGAGCCUGUCACAUGAUGAUAAUAUAAUCACAGUGGAGGAGAGAGACAUCCCUGAUCCAAAAAAGAAGAAGAAGAAGAAGAAAAAAAAGAACAAGUUAGCAGCAGAAGAUGUGAGAGAGGAAGAGGAUGGGCCCUUAGAAUCAAAUGUGAGGGUGGAGGAGGAGGAUGGUGUGUUUUCAGGCAGCUGUAACGUGGAGAAUGGUGGCAAGGAGAAGAAGAAAAGCAAGAAAAGAAACGAGGAUGAUGAGCUGUUAAAAUCCAAUCUCCAAUCCGAACCUCUAAAUGGUGUGGCCGAGAAACCGAAGAAAAAGAAAAAAAAGAAAAAAGACCUGACUUCGGAGCCAGCGGAACAGUUACAAGAAGUGGAAGACUGUUUGGAAGAAGCUUCUCAGGAAACAGGGGAAUCCAGUUAUGUUGAAGGAAGAAAGCGGAAAAAGAAGCAAAAGGCGUCUUCUGGUGAUCACUUCAGAGGAGACGAUUGCAUAGAUGUAAGCUUUUCUAAUGAGGUUAUAACAGGAGUGUCAGUUAAAAAGAAGAACACAGAGGAGGAUGAAAAUGUGGAUAAAGCUCAGAAUACAACAGAGGGCGGUGAAGACCACAACGCUGAACUGUUACGGAUAUUAAGCGAAGACUCUGUGGCACAAAGCGAUGAUUCUGUGUCUGUGCGGAAAAAGAAAAAGAAGAGGACCAGUUCCUUCCUUGUUGCUGAUUUAGAGGAAAAUGCUGCUCAGACAUACGAGGAAACGCCGUCGGUGGCUGCUUACAGCUGGCCUGCAGACAAACCUGCCGGUGAAUCAGCAGAAACCACUGGAAGCUUGGAGAAAGCUGAUGAUGGGGUAGGGAAGAAGAAAAAGAAGAGGAAGAAGGUGUCAGCAGAACAGGAGAAGGCGGAAAAAGAUUUUGAGGAACCAGACAGAACGUGUCAGACAGCUGUAGCUGAAACUGACGACGAGAAAAAGAAGAAACGUAGACGAGACGACAGCGAGUCGGUGACCUCCAUGGAAAUAGUGGAAAAAGCAUCUGACUCUCAAGCUGCAAAGCAAAAGAAGAAGAAGAAGAAAGAUAUACGAGAGAUUCCCUCAGCUACUGCUGAAAAUAAUGAAUCAGAAGAAUCUAAAAGGAAUAUCUGUGUCCCACUUUCACACAAGAAAAAAAGCUCAACUGUGGCUGCAAAGGGAAUCAAUGAAACGUGUAAUGAUAGCAGGGCAGCUAAUGAUCAGGCAACACUGGAAGCUCAGGCUAAACAGGCCUCCCCGUCCUCAGAGACACCAGAAAAUCAGGCAGGAAAUGAUGUGAGAGGCAAGAAAAAGAAGCAAAAGGUAAAAGCAGCUGAAAGUGUUUUGCUUGAAGGGAAGUCAUUUGCAGAAACUGAUGAAAUCAAAGCUCCUAAACCCAAAAAGAAAGACGGAACACAGCCAGCAGCUGAGUCCAGUUUAAGCUCUGUGUUUUCAGACUCUUCUCUCUGCCAGAGUGAAACGUGUUCUUCACACAGUGGCAGGAAAAACAAGCACAAAAAAGCAAAGCACAGACAUUUUAAUCCGAUAGAGGACUUUAUAACAGACGGUUAGUCUGAAGCAUCCAAGGUUUAGGAUGGCAGACACCAUGAUGGAGACUCAGGAUGUCACCUGAACACGAGCUGUCAGUGUUCUUACAUCAACAGUGUUACAAGUAAAAUGUGACUUUUUACAUGUAUUUUUGUUUUGUAUCAAAGCAUUUUUACAAUCAUUGAUGUCAGUUUUUCUAAUUAUGUUUAGACAAAAAUAUAUUUUAUGUAUAUGUUCAAAAUAAAAGUGUCUGAAUAUGAAAAUCACAAUUUUUAGAAGGAAAAAAAAGCCAUAAGCUUGUAAAUUUGAGCUACGCUGAGUACUUUUGAUCACUUUGUUAAUAAACUCUUUUAACCUUU